UUUUUCUGUCUUUGUUGCUUGUUUGAAAGUCCUGGGUUGGGUAUUUGUAGCCUGCUUCUGAUGGCUAAUCCUUCAUUCAGUUAUCAGUUUCGUUUUAUUUUAAUUGGUGAUAGUACCGUCGGAAAAUCAUCCCUUCUCCAAUACUUCUGUGAGGGUAAAUUGUCCUCUUUCGCUGAACCCACUGUCGGCGUUGAUUUCUCUACUCGUAAUAUCGUACUUUCAAAUGGCACAGUGAUUAAGCUUCGCCUUUGGGAUACUGCUGGUCAGGAAAAAUUUAAAUCAAUCGCUCGGUCUUACUACCGCAAUGCUGUGGGUGCGCUUUUGAUUUUUGACAUUACGAAUCACACAUCAUUCGAGCAUGUUAUGGGUUGGUACGAGGACGCCGCGACAAAUAUGAAAUGCCAAUCACCAGCAUUUUUGCUUUGUGGACAAAAGUCGGAUCUUGAAAACCAGAGGGAGGUAUCACGGAUGGAAGCUGAAGCUCUAGCACAGACCCUUGGAAUCUCCUAUAUCGAAACCUCAGCUCUGCAAGGGCAAAACGUUGAGGCGGCGUUCAAAGCCCUUACAGAAACUGUCUACCAACAGAUGCAGGCUGGAGCGUUUAGGAAUUUGGGAACCGUGAGUGGAUGGGAUGGCAUCAAGGAGGGCUAUGAUCUCCCGUCUCAAGCAAGCCGAACGCGAGUGGCCAUGGCUGGCGAGAGAUCGCCUCCACCAUCGUGCUGCUAG